AUGGAGCCAGUCACGAAUCCCGAUGAUAGCCCCUUCAAAAACCUCGACGUGUGGUGCGACUGGAAUGGGAAUGUGGCAGACCCAGUUUCUAUAACAAUCUCCAUCGAGGUCUGGGGUCGUCCCAACCUCAAGUUACCAAUCCUCAGUACCCAGUCACCGAACGUCGUCAAAGAUCCAACACGAAUCGUCCGGUUGAAGCCUGACUGUGUCAGCUGCAACACAGGUACUCCGCUAGAGCCCGAAAGUGGUGCGUCUAGCGGGUUCGAUGGCGGUGCUACCGAGAUAUACACUCCCACAAAUCGCGUUGAUGCGAGUAUUUGUGCCAUGGGUAAUGGUUCUAGAGAGGAUGGCCCUCUCGUAUCCCGGAAGGACAGCCCGAUUUGUACUCCCUGUAUUGGCAGGUUGUGUGCCAUGGGUAAUGGUUCUAGAGAGGAUGGCCCUCUCGCAUCCCGGAAGGACAGCCCGAUUUGUACUCCCUGUAUUGGCAGGUUGUAUGCCACGGCCCAGAAUGAUGCAUCCGAUUCAUCUCACUGUGCUUCUCGUCCUAGCAUGAUUAUCUCCCUUAUCCCCGAGCCUCGCAACUCCGAAAGCCAGCACUCUCCUAAUCCUCGCAAGAGAUCCGCCAAGACUGCUUCCUUGCCGGACUCGAUCUCUCCUGAUGACGGGUGCAAUGUCACCCUAUCCAAACCCUUGACGCCCAACACUAGGCCGUCGAAGCCAUGGUCGAAGAAUUCCCGCAGCCAUAGAAAAAAGGGCAGCUUCAUCCCUGUUAGCAUUCGACGUACUGCCAGUCUGGCUGGUUCCAGUGCGACGUCCGAGAAUGCCGCGUUUGUUAGAAGCUCGACCCCCAGUCCAGAGGCAGUCUUCCCUGGUAUUAAAUCUGCGUCUCUUCCAGCGGACUUCAAGAGCACAACUGUUGAAAGUGUGCCUGAUGAAGGCACUCCGCCCUGGCACGACCCGGAAACUCCUCCCAAUGAGAUUGGCCUCGGCAUCAACGAGCCGCUCUCCAAAGCGAAUCUGGAUCAGUGGAGCUGUGAUAGACUGUCUACACGUGCGUGCGAAGGAAGCUUUUCCAAUACCGAGGAAAGUGAUGAUGAAACAGACGAUCUUCUCAAUUCCCUCGAAUCUAUCAAGGCUUUCUCACGAAGCGGGAGUGAGGACAGUUGUCACCACUGUCCCCGGGCACAAAUCUCACUCGCUGACCUCGUUGGAAGAAAUGAGCCCACAUUGGUCAUGGACAAUAGAGUUCUUUAUCUGCAGACCUCACCCACAGUCUAUCCUGCGACAUAUGAGAUCGGACUUUCGUUAAAGGUCCACCUGCAGAAGGGGAUCUCAAAGGAUUGGUGGGAGUUGAUUAUCGGUGGAUUGCCUCGACUCACUGACUUCGAGUCUGGCUAUUUAUACUUCCGAACACCCCCGGGCCAGGGGAUGGAGUUUUUGACUUCGUCUUUCAAGCGACAUACCAUGAUUGAAAGCUGCCUGAUGGCCCAAUUCGAAAGCGGAAAAGGCCUCGUGGUCCCUUUGCGCAAAUGCAGCGCAGAAGACUUCGGGUAUCUCAAGGACUACAAAGUCAAUGCGGUCAUAAAAUCCAAAAUCGAAGGGACACAAGAUCCAUUGCCUUGGUUGGUCAAGUACAAUGCCGUCUGCUCCAUUGAUCUCAUCAAUCGUUGCUUCUGGGCCAAGAAGUGCAAGUUUCAUCUCUACGUACACGGCGGCCCGGAAGGCGAAUUUGACGCUGUCCUGGAUGCGGAAAGACCUCCGUUCAAUAAUAUCCGACUGGAGCUGGCUCCGGGUGGUCGCAUCGGUGUUUCGAAGAUCCACGUAACUAGCACCCGCGAAGCUCUGGACAUGUUCAAAGUGUGUUGGGAUAUUAAGUUGCCGCGAGAGAAAGCUUUGACCUGGCUGCCAUGGAUCAAAGGUACGUACAAGAGCUCUGAUGCAGAGGAUUCUCUCCGAAGGGAGUACGAGUCGCUUGACCCAAUGGACGGUCAUGACUUUUUGGACCCUCCUUCGCGCAGGGCUCCCUGUCCCGAGCAUGAAAUCCUCUGUUGCUGUGAGGAUAAGGAUGUCAAGGCUACAGUCGCAGAACCUGAGGCUCUGGAGUUUUCGCCAUGUCCCGAUCUCCCCGAUUACGAAGAGUAUCACUCCGUAAAUGGGACCCCCAGUCUCUUCAGUCCUCUGGCCACGGAACCUCAAGAUCCAAUGCCGUCUUUUCUCGCAGAUGAAUCCCCCAGCAUCUGCGAUCCCCUCGCCAUGGAUUCUCGAGAACCAAUCUUGUCGGAUAAAGCCUUCCACAGACGUGGGACGAUUUCUGGGAACCUGUCCAGCGUAUAUCCGAAUACCAAGCCUGCAUUUGCUAGGCCUGCAGUCUGCAGUGAAUCUUCAUCCUCACCGUGGCAGCUCCUCGGCACGAAAGAGACGCCCCAUUCCCCGAAUCUGUAUGCACCAGGACAAGUUCCAGAAAUUCGAGUCUCUGAAAUUCAGGACCAAGAAACUGAGGCUCCGGAAACUCAGCUCCCAGAACCUCAAUUGUUAACAUCUACAGUCGGGGAGAUGCUAAUCGCCAAAUCCAGGCCGCGCCCUGCCGAGAGCGUACUGUCAAGCUUGGUGUCUCUGGUCAAUAUUCUUUUUAACGUCCUCACAUGGGCGAUGUCUGCCUACGUCAUCUACAUGUACUGGUCCAAUCGCAUGUGGCGCGAUUUCACUACGACUCUGAAUCCUCCGUGCCCCCACCACCAAGCGGCGGCGUUUCACUCCAAUCUUAUGGGCCAUGAAGAAGGCCCUCACUACGCCGAGUCGGUGAAAGGGGCGGAAACAGGUCUGCCCGAGCUUCAGUUCCAGCCAAUGCCACAUCCAUCUGAAUUCGAGUACCCUGGACUGAAGCAAUCCGCCAAUACCGUUCCUGCCAGCGGCACCUCAAUGACCCUGAGGGAUCGCUUUGACUACCUUCUCGGAUGGCGAGGGCCAAUUGCGCGGGAGUAG